CGUGUUUCUUGAGCUUUUGGUCCGCUGACCAGCAGUCGGACCCGCAGGUAUUGCGCGCCCGCCUGGUGCCCCCGGGGUGCCCCGGACGCCGCAGGUGCCCUGCCAGCCGCUUCCGACCGCCGUGCUGCCCGGACGCCAGCCCAGCAUGGAUGAAGCUUUGCCAGGCCUCACACCUGAAAACGGAGACAGCCUUGUGAAAGUGAAGGAGGAGGACUCCCCCUGGGAGCAGACAUGGGGCUCGCGGGAGAGCAGCCCCUGCGCUCAGGAGCUCUGCCGCCUGCGCUUCCGGCAGUUCUGCUACCAGGAGACCCCGGGGCCCCGCGAGGCACUGAGCCAGCUGCGGGAGCUCUGCCGCCAGUGGCUGCGGCCGGAGACCUACAGCAAGGAGCAGAUCGUGGAGCUGCUGGUGCUGGAGCAGUUCCUGACCAUCCUGCCCGAGGAGCUGCAGGCCUGGGUGCGGGAGCGCCGCCCCGAGAGCGCGGAGCAGGCGGUGGCCGCGCUGGAGGACCUGGAGAAAGACACUGGAGACCCAGGAAAGCAGGCUUGUGUCUGUACUCAGGGACAGGACAUGUACCCACUGGUGUCAGAGUAUCAAGGAGCCUCUUUGGAGAGUCAGAGCCUCCAGCUCCUGCCCAGGGUGACCGCCUUGAAGUGUGAACCUCCAGAUCUCUGCCAGAAGAACCCCCAAGAAACAUCAGUGAAGACUGAGGAAGAAGCCACCCAGGCCCUUGUCACAGAGAAGCAGCCACCUCCGAGUCGGACCCCCAGGACCCCCUGUGGGAAGCUGGCUCAGGAGAAGGUUCCGGAUGUCUGUCUGAUGGCUGAAGAAGUUGUAACUGAAGAUGGGUUAUUUAAUGCAAAGAAAGAAACUUCUCAAGAAAUGGAGCACACUGCUGAGGCCCCAGGAACAGCCAGUAGAGAUGGCAUGCUCCAGCCACCUUGUACUUCUGUCCCUACUGACAGGACAGUUGCACAUUUGAACACCCUGAAGGACCGUUACCCGGGUGACUUGUGGGCCCGAAUGCACAUCUCCUCCUUGGAAUAUGCUGCAGGAGACAUGACCCGAAAGGGGAGGAGAAGGGACCGAGCUCGGGUGAGUGAACUGCUCCAAGGCCUUGCAUUCUCUGGGGAUUCAGAUGUGGAAGAAGAUAACAAGCUUGAGGCUCACCACGCUCAAAAGAAGCUAAAGAUAUCAGAUGUACCAGAGAAGAACUGGGCCAAAAGAGACAUUAAACCCAACUUCCCAAGCUGGUCAGCACUGGAUUCUGGACUUUUGAAUCUUAAGAGUGAGAAGCUGAACCCAGUAGAGCUCUUUGAGUUAUUUUUUGAUGAUGAAAUAUUCAACAUGAUUGUCAGUGAAACCAAUAAUUACGCAUCUCAGAAAAAUGUCAACCUGGAAGUCACAGUUCCGGAAAUAAGGUGUGUCUUGGGUAUCUUGCUUUUGAGUGGAUUUGUGAGGCGUCCCCGAAGGGGAAUGUACUGGGACAUCUCCGAUGCUGACCAGAACCUGGUUAGAGAUGCAAUUAGAAGGGACAGAUUUGAAUUGAUUUUCUCAUACCUACAUUUUGCAGAUAAUAGCCACCUAGAUCAAAAAGAUAAGUUUACAAAGUUGAGGCCUCUCAUAAAGCAAAUGAAUAGAAAUUUCCUCCUGUAUGCUCCCCUAGAAGAGUACUAUUAUUUUGGUAAGACAAUGUGUGAAUGCUUUGACAGUGACCAGUUCCUGAACGGGAAGCCUCUUAGAAUUGGCUAUAAAAUCUGGUGUGGCACAACCACACAGGGUUAUCUGGUGUGGUUUGAGCCCUAUCAAGAAGACUCAGCAGCGACAGUGGGUAAGGACGUCGGUCUGGGUUUAGGUGGGAAUCUAGUGCUGCAUUUUGCUGAUGUUCUUCUAGAGAGAGGCCAGUAUCCCUAUCACCUGUGUUUUGAUAGCUUCUUUACGAGUAUCAAAUUGGUGGCAGCCUUGAAGAAAAAAGGACUGAGGGCAACAGGAACAAUUCGAGAGAACAGGACUGAAAAAUGUCCCCUCAUGAAUGCAGAACAUAUGAGGAAAAUGAAGAAGGGAUAUUUUGAUUUCCGAGUAGAAGAGAACGAGGAGAUAAUUUUGUGUCGUUGGCAUGGUGAUGGCGUUACCAGCCUGUGCUCCAACGCUGUGGGCAUAGCACCAGCCAGGGAGCUCAGGUGUUCUGCUAAUGAGGAGGACGUCCACCAGGGAGCUCAGCCGGCCAUAGUGAAACUGUAUGGUGAGUGCAGGGAAGGUGUCGCUAAAAUGGAUCAAAUCAUUUCCAAGUACAGGGUGAGAAUAAGAAGCAAGAAAUGGUACUCAGUUUUGGUGAGCUACGUAAUUGAUGUAGCCAUGAACAACGCCUGGCAGCUACACAGAGCCUGUAACCCGGGCACCGCUCUAGACCUCCUAGAGUUUCGGAGAUACGUCGCACAUUUCUACUUGGAGCACAAUGCUAAUCCGUCAGAUUAAGAUAGAAAAAAUGAACACGAUACCAAUAUUAACAGGACAAAAAUAUCACAGGUACAAAUCAGACUGUACCCUUCCAAAGCAAACAUUCCAUGUAAUGGAAUUAUUAAGUAAAUAUUUUAAAAAGUCAAGCAUCUGUGUAGAGUUUCAAAGACUACUGUAACAAGUAAUUUUUUAAAAAUUAUCUGUAAAAAUGUUGAACUUGAGUGUUACCUUUAUCUAUGACUGGUUUUUGAUGUGAGAUAUUUGAAAUCAUUUGUUGAAUUGAUUAAAGAGGUACAGUUUCAUUCUUUCGGUGCACAAAUUAAUUUUUUGUGGAGAUUUUUUAAAAAUGCAAGCGCUAUCAUAGUAACCACAGGAUGGUGCUGAAUCUGCAGUUGAAAAUCCAGGCAGAGCCCAUGACAUAAAGAUGAUCUAAGAAAGACCUUAGGUGAUAAGAGGCUGAAAACCUCAGUGCUGCUAUAAAACUGGACCAGACGGUGGGCAGGAGACGAGGGCCAGGCCGGCGCGCUGGCAGGGGGUACUGUAAAGGAGAAACGGGGGAAGCAGUGCCUCUGGAGGCUGAAAUGAAAGCUGUGUGCUGCUGGGACUCGGGGCUGGCAGAAGCAGCUAAGAGUAAAGAAAACUGAAGAAACAGGAAGCAAAUCAAGUAACAACAGCAUCUUCAGGGGAGGAAAGGAGAAGUCACCAGCUGGGUAAAGUGGACAUAAAGCCCAUGGAGAAAAAGCUGUAUGUUGAACUGAACAGCCUAGA